UUUACGUACCCCAUUUCUCCUACUUAUACGCACACUACUCCCAUCCAUCACACAAUUAAUAAUGGCUGGAGGAGCAGAUAACUUGUUGGAGCAAAGCCCUGAGCUCCACGUUUCGCCCAACCACGCCCCGCGUCUAGAUGCAAGAGGCAUUAUGAUUGUCCCAAAGCUGCCCAAGCCCGACGCCCAAACCAUUCGCAGGCCCCGUGGCCGCCCCGCGGGAUCCAAGAACAAGCCUAAACCCCCCAUCAUCAUCACAAGGGACAGUGCCAACGCGCUGAAAGCCCACGCAAUGGAAGUAACCUCCGGCUGCGACGUCAGCGAAAGUCUAGUCAACUUCGCCCGCAGAAAGCAACGAGGAAUAUGCGUGCUCAGCGCCACGGGCUGCGUCACCAAUGUCACAUUGCGGCAGCCGUCGUCAUCGGGCUCCAUCGUCACUCUUCACGGCAGGUUCGAGAUUCUGUCUUUGCUCGGCUCGAUUCUGCCCCCACCGGCCCCGCCGGGAGUGACGGGCCUCGCAGUGUAUCUUGCCGGGCCUCAGGGGCAGGUCGUGGGAGGGAGUGUUGUGGGGCCGCUUAUUGCUUCGGGCCCUGUGGUGAUCAUGGCUGCUACUUUCAUGAAUGCCACUUUUGAUCGCCUGCCGUUGGACGAUGAUGAGAUGGUUGUCGGACAGCAGUACCAGAACAAUCGGCAGCGCCACCAUGUUGAUGUUUGUGAUGAUCAGGUGUGCGGGAUUCCGCAGAAUUUGCUGACUAAUUGUACUCUGCCUUCUGAGGGUUAUACAUGGGCACCGGGCCGGGCUCUGUCGAAGUCCUAGGUUGGUUGAAAUAUGUUCUUGAAUCAGUUAAGAGGGCUUGGUAUGCAAUAUAUAUGAUUAAUUAAUAAUUAUUUCUUUCGAUCAAUUGUUAUAAUUUUUAUUUUUUUUCACUAUCGAGUAAUUUUAACUGUAAUUGUAAUUAGUAGUUACUAAUUAUGCAAAAGAGUGGGAGAACUUGAAAUGUAAUUUUAU